AUGGCAGAGGUCAAGAAAUACAAGAUAAGCGAGCCUUAUCUCCACUUGUCGUGCGGACUGGGCGAAGUAAGUAGUGCGGCACAGUUACUGAGGAGGCAGUAUUGAAUUGAAGAUCGCGAGCUGAUUUUAUACACCUCGUGCGCCUAGGCCCCUUUUUGGGAGAAGAGCCGCGACAGCCUGCGCUUCGUGGACAUUGUGAAGGAGAAGCUGCACACCAUCAAUCUGACGCAAGGCCCCUCGUCUCACAAGCAGUGGGAUCUCAAAUUCAGCAUCGGCUGCACGGCAGAUAUUCAGGGCAAUGAGGACGAAUUUGUAAGUACAUGGUCGGCAGACGGCGCGGCGGCUUCAUCCUCGCUCGCUUACUCUCGUCGCUUGGUCAGAUUUUUGGGGGCAAGAGCGGUUAUGGCCUGUUCGACCGAGAGACCGGAGAACAUCGGAUCAUCAAAGACAUGUGGACCGAUGAGGAGCGGAAGGACGAUGGAGGUGGUAAGCCGGGGAAGGGAAAGAACCUGCAGGAGAGGAUGCGAUCGAAUGACGGCGCUGUCGAUAGCCGAGGUCGCUUCUUCGUCGGUAAGCAGAGGGGGAGUAGUGCUCUUUGCUGUUGGCAGAUGUACUGAUGGGACGUGCAGGUGCCAUGAACGACCCAGCUCUUGUAGGCGAGGGUUUCACAGACGAAGGCCUGCUGUUCCGAUUGGAUGCCGACCUCGGCCUGCACCGCGUCAAGAAGAAUGUCACAAUACCCAACGGCAUGUCCUGGAGCAGGGACAGCACUACAAUGUACUUCACCGAUUCACCUUCGGGUAAAAUCAUGGCUUAUCCGUACAACCCAGAGACCGGAGAAGCGUCUUUCGCGGACGGCAAGGUCUUCUUCACCUGCCCGUACGAGGGUGGAGUUCCCGAUGGUCAUUGCCAAGAUGAAGAGGGGCAUCUAUGGGUGGCUUGCUUUGGCACGGGAAAGGUGGUGCGAGUCAACCAGAGCGGUCAUGUGGUUGCCGAAAUCGAGGUGCCGACUCGGUGUGUGACUUGUCCGGCUAUCGCAGGCACCGAGCUCUUCAUUACGACUGCAAAAGAACAGGACCCGGAGAAGUACCCGUGGUCCAAGGAGUUUGAGGGCGCACUCUUCAAGAUCGACAUUGGCGUCCGCGGAAAGCCUCUGCACAGCUUCAAGAUGGCAGCCAGCCCAUGA